CACUCGUUCUCUAUCCAUCACAAAGUCUCUUUCAGAACGUGUAUAAUAGCAUUGAUCAGUGCAACUGAUUGAAAUUGUUCUUCAUCCACCACUCUUUCAACUACACUAUCUACCCUUUACCAUCACACUUCGUCUGUCGCUACCUCGCUCACCAUGCCUUACCGCACCAACUACGAGCCUUAUACUAGCCAGAGCUUCGAGAUGAAGCGCGAACUUUCCACCGAAGAGAUCCUCUACCCUCUCGGGACACUCUACCCACACGUCGUGGCUCUUCAGCUCCAAACCGACGAGUACCCGUGGUGCAAGGCCAACCAUUACGCUGGAUAUGACAGCAGUCUCUCAGUGGACGAAGCGUCGGAGCAUUAUUCGACUAAGUCAAUGCUACGCAGGAACAGUGACUCCACAGCCUGCCGCAUUGUGUCACGAAUUCGGCGACUACUCAACCGCGACGAACUGCGACGUCGCCGACAGGCCUGAAUGCCUUCCUUCAUUUACAUUCGUGUUUUUAAUCUUCGUUUAUUUUUCCUUUCUUCGACUUUUCUUUGACGACGAUUUUUACCACCAACUUCUUGCAUAGCUACUGAGCGAUACCCGUCUGGCAUGACGGUUGUUUCAUUUGUUUAUCACCAACAUCAUCUCAUCAAUUGUCCAGCAUGCUGGAUCACUCUCUGAGACAUUUCCUUUCUGUCUGUUACAUUUCUUGUCACCGGUUGCACUGGGAGUUUUCUUUUCGGGUUGGACUUAGCGAGGAGUUUCGGGCAUGGGAAGCAAGGGAGAAUCAGGCACGGCCGGUUUCGGUAUUGAUUAGUCCUGACUGACUGGGUCAGAUGAGUAACAUAAUAAUCCUAAUGAAGACAUGUGAAACAACACCCCAAGGUCAUCCAUCCUCACCAAUGUGCAAAAUGAUAUCGAGUAGAUAGUAUGGUUCAGGAGACGAAGAUCUGCCGUAGACUCGUACUGUAGACACUCGUUCCCGACUGACUCCACCCACACGGGGUCAUGAAAGCCGCGAUCAAACGAGGGAUGAACCCAAUUCACCAAACCCAAUCUAAUCAGCACAACAUGACUGGCGGAUCGAACCUGUUCGACGAGGUUUGGAU